UCGUUUUACCCUCAUGGACUCUGUUUUUAACAGUUUGGUCAGAAACAUAAACAGCCUGCUGGAGGUCAUUUUGAAGGAUCUCAGAGUGUAACUUCUGUUCCUCUUUGCACAAAGGUCCAAGUACCAAUCCUGCAGCUGGGUAAAUGCCCUUCUACCACCCUGUCAGCUCUCCUAGUGUGUCCGGUAUGUCCUAUAGGCAUCGUACAGGCAUUUACACUAGGACAGCCUUAAGAGUGAAUCCAUCGCACUGGCUGAAUAACUGGAUAGUUGGUAAAGUACGUCAGUGGGUCAUCCCCCUCAUCUCCAGAUUCUGAUUCCAGUACAGAGGGCAUGUGAGUGGGCUUCGGAUGUUGCUCAUUUAGAACUUUACAGAAAGCAUUUCCUUCCUUUUAAAAGUUUCACUUCACGUUCCUGAACUUGGUGUCCCAGAUGAUUUUCUUCAUGUGAAGCUCUGUGAUAAGGUGAAGGUAGAAAGUGUGUGUGAGCUGAUGUGGAUGUGAAUUCAGCAGCAUGGAUCAGUGUGAGGACAGAGAGGAGGGAGUCCCUCCAUCUAAAACCACUCUGUGUGGGGAACAUGAGAGCCAGACCAAAGCUCAGAGGAACCAACCUGGACCUGAACCCAGCUGUCCAUCCUUAAAGAGCGACCGGUCCAAGGGUCUCAUUACAAAAUUUAAACAAAGACAGUCAAAUGAUAAAAUAAUCCAUCAGAAAAUCAAAUGUGGACCUGAACCAACCUGUUCAUCUUUAAUGAGCAACAGCUCAAAGGAUUUUGAGGUUCAUUUUAACGGACAACGUUCUCCUGCAGUGAGUGUGGGCCAGGAGUUCCUGGAGGUUCCCCGUGGUCAGUCUGCCCAGCAGCAUAAAAUACAGUUGAAAUCCAUAUUUGUGUUGCUAGAAGACAGCAUUUUGACAUUUGUGAAGAAUGAGCUGAAUAAGAUCCUAUGGGUUCUUGGUGCACAUGACCUUGAAUGUUUAGAGGGUCAGAGGGACAUUGUGGACAUGUUGGAGGGUGAUGAUGAAGAGCAGAGGAGGAGCAUCACAGAGGCAUUUGUAAAGAUCACGCUUCACUUCUUGAAGAGAAUGAAGCAGGAUGAGCUGGCUGAGCAUCUUCAAAGCAACAUGUUUGCUCCAGUUUGUCAACAUAAUCUUAAAUCUCAACUGAAGAAGAAGUUCCAGUGUGUAUUUGAGGGGAUCGCUAAAGCAGGAAACCCAACCCUUCUAAAUCAGAUCUACACAGAGCUCCACAUGACAGAGGGAGGGACUGCAGAGCUCAAUGAUGAACAUGAAGUCAGGCAGAUUGAAACAGCAUCCAGGAAAUCAGACAGACCAGAAACAACAAUCAGACAAGAAGACAUCUUUAAAGCCUCACCUGGAAGAGAUGAACCAAUCAGAACAGUGUUGACAAAGGGAGUGGCUGGCAUUGGGAAAACAAUCUUAACACAGAAGUUUAUUCUGGACUGGGCUGAAGACAAAACCAACCAGGACAUCCAGUUCAUUUUUCCAUUCAGUUUCAGGGAGCUGAACGUGUUGAAAGAUGAAAAGAUGAGCUUGGUGGAACUCGUUCAUCACUUCUUCACUGAAACCAAAGAAGCAGGAAUCUGCAACUUUGAAGACUUCCAGGUUAUGUUCAUCUUUGAUGGUCUGGAUGAGUGUCGACCUUCUCUGGACUUCCACAAAACUAAAAACCUAACUGACCCUACAGAGUCCACCUCUGUGGAUGUGUUACUGACGAAUCUAAUCAGAGGGAACCUGCUUCCCUCCUCUCGUCUCUGGAUAACCACGCGACCUGCAGCAGCCAAUCAGAUUCUUCCUAGGUAUGUUGACAUGGUGACAGAGGUGAGGGGGUUCACUGACCCACAGAAGGAGGAAUACUUUAGGAAGAGAUUCAGAGAUGAGGAGCAGGCCAGCAGGAUCAUCUCUCACAUAAAGACAUCAAGAAGCCUCCACAUCAUGUGUCACAUCCCAGUCUUCUGCUGGAUCACUGCUACAGUUCUGGAGGAUGUCCUGAAAACCAUAGAGGGAGGAGAGCUGCCCAAGACCCUGACUGAGAUGUACAUCCACUUCUUGGUGGUUCAGGCCAAAGUGAAGAAGGUCAAGUAUGAUGGAGGAACUGAAACAGAUCCACACUGGAAUAAAAAGAGUAGGAAGAUGGUUGAGUCUCUGGGAAGACUUUCUUUUGAGCAGCUGCAGAAAGGAAACCUGAUCUUCUAUGAAUCAGACCUGACAGAAUGUGGUAUUGAUAUCAGAGCAGCCUCAGUGUACUCAGGAGUGUUUACACAGAUCUUUAAAGAGGAGAGAGGACUGUACCAGGACAAUGUGUUCUGCUUUGUCCAUUUAAGUGUUCAGGAGUUUCUGGCUGCUCUUCAUGUCCACCUGACAUUUAUUAACUCUGGAGUUAAUCUGCUGGAUGAUCGAAAUACAAUCUCCAAGUGGUCUAAAUUAUUUAAUAAACCUAAACUACAGUUUCUCCACCAGAGUGCUGUGGAUAAGGCAUUGCAGAGUUCAAACGGACACCUGGACUUAUUUCUUCGUUUCCUGCUGGGUUUUUCUCUACAGACAAAUCAGAGUCUCCUACGUGGUCUGCUGACACAGACAGGAAGCUGCUCACAGACAAAUCAGGAAACAGUUCAGUACAUCAAGACGAAGCUCAGUGAGAAUCUGUCUGCAGAGAAAAGCAUUAGCCUGUUCCACUGUCUGAAUGAACUGAAUGACCAUUCUCUAGUGGAGGAGAUUCAACAGUCUCUGAGUUCAGGAAGUCUCUCUACAGAUAAACUGUCUCCUGCUCAAUGGUCAGCUCUGGUCUUUAUCUUACUGUCAUCAGAAAAAGAUCUGGAUGUGUUUGACCUGAAGAAAUACUCUGCUUCAGAGGAAGCUCUUCUGAGGCUGCUGCCUGUGGUCAAGGCUUCCAACAAAGUUCUACUAAGUGACUGUAGUCUGUCAGAAAGAAGUUGUGAAACUCUGUCCUCCAUGCUCAGUUCCCAGCCCUCUAGUCUGAGAGUAUUGGACCUGAGUAACAAUAACCUGACUGAUGUUGGAAUAAAGCUUCUAUCUGCUGCACUGGAGAGUUCACUCGGUACACUGGAAACUCUCAGACUAAAUGUCUGUAACCUCUCAGAGAAAAGCUGUGAAGUUCUCUCAUCAGUCCUGACUUCGCAGUCUUCUAGUCUGAGAGAGCUAGACCUAAGUGACAAUGACCUGAAAGACUCUGGAGUGAAGCUACUAUUGACUGGACUGGAAAGUCCAGACUGUAAAAUGGAAACACUCAGACUGAGUAGCUGUAACCUCUCAAAGAGAAGCUGUGAAACUCUGUCCUCAGUUCUCAGCUCCCAAUCCUGUACUCUGAAAGAGCUGGAUCUGAGUAACAACAACCUGGAGGACUCUGGAGUGAAGAUGCUUAAGAAUCCAAAUUGUACAAUUGUCAGGGUGGAGCCUGCUGGAGUCCGAUGGUUGAGACCAGGUCUGAGGAAGUGUAAGUGUGUUUUUAAUGUGAUUCAUGAAAACAAAGCAGCACACAUUCAACCAUCUUCAAACUGUCACAUCACUCAUUCACAUCUCUGAUGUCAG